AAACCAUGGAAAAAUGGAGGUAUGAGGGUUUUAGUCGAGCUAGUUUUUACCUUGAUGAAGAUAUACACCAUAUAAGCUCCUGGCUGGUGCCUAUCGACCUGCUCAAAUCUUUUGGAUCCCUGGCGAACAUUCUCGCAAUGAUUGAAGAGGGUGACCAAGGUUCACCGCUGAGAGAAAGAGUCCAGGCCAUUCGUGAUGAUGAUGGAUUUAUGCAAUGUCUUGAACUUGAAUGGACCAAGAAGCGGCGGAUGAAUCAUGGGUUCUCUACCUAUGAGGAGGACGAGGAUGAUGAUUGGAUUGAUUGGGGAUUAGGGUGGGAACUAGUACAAUGCCACGAAGCAAAGAGAGCCGGGGAAGAAGACGGGUUGACAAACUUCAACCCGAGCAUGUGGGAAAUAGGUGGCUUGAUGGAGAUGAUAGCAGCCGCAGUGUGGAGAGCGUCGUCGGAGAUGAACGAUGGUGACGAGAGCAAGAGUAUGGGGUAUCCAUUGGGCGUAACGUCGUCGACGAGACCAAACGCGUCCUCGACUAGUCCAGGGCGACUCCCAUCAAAGGAUAAAUGGAUGAGCCGGCCCGGGUUCUCAUAUGAUAUGGGCGGCGGCCGGACCCAGGCACCAGAGUGGUACCCAGAGGCACUUGCCAGAGGCUCUCCCCCCGAGAUAAUCAGGCCUAAAUCUGC